GUGGAAUUGAUUUAUUUGUAGAUAUCAUUCGUUCCGCGUUCGUCCUCCCUUAAAAAGGCAAUACUCACAAAUAUAUAUAAAUAUAUGUUUAUUAGUCGACACAACAUGUCUAAACUGCAGCUGUUGCAUGUGUAUUUAAAUGAGCGCCUAACGGCAGCUGCUGUUGAGAUUUUUGGGGCAGUUGUGAAAACCGUAUCGGAGUACCAGGAGGAGAAUGAUCGUCUACGGAGACUGUUGCGCAUUACACCGGACCUAACGUGUAGAAUAGACUCCCUGCAGUUCUCUCUUGCUGUCUCAGAGGAAGGGGCUCCCACUGAGCAGCAGCACUUUCAGCAGGAGUGGAGUCCCAAUCUGGGGCAGGAGGACCCAGAAUCCACACAGAUUAAAGAGGAGCAGGAGGAAAUCAGGACCAGUCAGGAAGAAGAGCAGCUUCAAGGGCUGGAGUCUGAUAACAUAGAGUUCAGUUUCUCUUCUCCAUGUGUGAAAAAUGAAUGUGAUCAGGAGGAUCCACUGGUUCAGCCAUUGACCCUUCCCCAAACCCAGACUAUGGAGAACAGAGAAAGUGACACUGAACCAGUGGAUGUUACUCCUUUCGUCACCCACCUUAAGGGCCUCGACAUUCUCUUUGACCAUCCAGGUAAUGUAAACAAUACUUUCAGCAACAAUUCAGCUGUGAGCAACUACCCAGUAGGACUCGACAGCAGCCUACCUUUGCAUCGCAACCCGCCACUGGAUCCCAACCCGCCACUGGAUCGCAACCCGCCACUGGAUCCCAACCCACCACUGGAUCCCAACCCACCACUGGAGAAACACCAUAUGAAAUCCAGCAUCACAUCCAAAAAGAUUCAUCGCUGCAGUGAUUGUAGUGAAAGGUUUGCUUUAAAGGCUGACCUACAGGAGCAUGUAAUUCACGCCAAGAAGAGACCAAGCGAAUGCCGCUUCUGCAAAAAGCGCUACAACUCCACCUGCAAAUUAAAGGCCCAUGUCCAACUCUGUCACGUGGAGAAACCCUGCACCUGCCCCUUUUGUGGAAAGACCUUUAAACACAAAGGAGGUAUGUCCAGACAUAUGAGAAUUCACACGGGAGAGAAACCCUUUAGCUGUGGUGACUGUGGAAAGAGCUUCAACCAGAAGGGAGACCUAAGAAGGCAUAUACUGACUCACACAGGAGAGAAACCAUUUAGCUGUGUUUACUGUGGGAAGAGCUUCAAUCGGAAGGGACACCUCAGGAGGCAUAUACUGACACACAGAAGAGAAACCAUUUAGCUGUGUUUACUGUGGAAAGGGCUUCAAUCGGAAGGGACACCUCAGGAGGCAUAUACUGACACACAGGAGAGAAACCAUUUAGCUGUACUUGCUGUUGGUAGAGCUUUAAUGCAAAGGAAACCUGAACUUGCAUGUAUUGAUUCACACCGAAAACAGCACAGUUGUUAUAUCUGGUGCAAUAUUCACUCAUGUGUGACCGGCGUUAAAUCAUCUUGGUGAAGUUGAUCCAUGUGUUUUAGGCCUGUCUUUGAGCUUAUUGGUCAUGUAGAGCCUUUCAUAUAGAGUGGCUGUGCUAUGCAGAAAUAGACACUUUGGAGUACCAGAUAACAAUCCUUCUCAGAGCAACAGAUAACUAAAAUCUAUUGCAUUGACCUGCCUGUUAGGUCACAGAUGUUUUUGUUAUUAGAUUGGAAAUCUUUCAAACCUCCCCUAGUCUCCUUUUGGUUAAAUUAUUUUAUGCUAUUCCUAAUAUUUGAAAAAAGGGCAGCAUUCAGUUGUGUUCCAACUAAUUUUAUUCCACCCGGGGCCCAAUAAUUUUUCUAUUUCCAACCACUCCAAACACUUAGUCUCAUAAUAAUUAUUCUGGCCUCACAUGCCUUUAGAGGUGACUUCAUUUAUGUGAUGGAAUUGUGAAAGGCUUUUGGGCACUGGCCAGCUUAAUAGUUGGCUGCAAUUAUUCCCACCCCAAAAUCUCUGCCAUGGUGUGUCUUAAGACUACUUCUCCUAAUCAGCAGCUUUGUGCAGCUUAUUUUCUACCGGUCUGAAAGUGAUGAUGUGCAUUGCAGGAGCGGAGGAUGUGCUUUUAUUUCCAAUUGUGACAGACAAACUAGCUAUUUUAAUUGCAUUCCCUGCUACUACUUUGUACUGUAUAGGCUGUUUUGUUGUUUACUGUAUAUAUUUCUUUAUAUACAGUGCCUUGAAAUUAUUGGGACACAUGACCAAGUCUCACAUAAAUGUAUUACGAAUGGUACAAUUAAUUCAGUUUUAUUUAUUUUUAAAGAAACUCUGUUAGUAAGAUGAAGUUGGUUUUAUGUUUUAAGGAAAAAUGAAAAACUGAAGUAUUUUGCUUGCAUACGUAUUCAACCUCCAUACAUGAAUAUUUGGUAGAGACACCUUUUGUGGCCCAUUCUUCUAGGCAGAUUCGCUCCAAAUUGUUGAGGUUGAUUGGGUGAUGUUUGUAGGCCUAAUAACUCCAUCAUGAUCAUGACCACAAAGCAUUUUCCCACAUCGCAGGUCAUUCUCAGCUUUCAGAUGGUACCAUUUGAUGAAUGGCUUUUUUCCCACCCUAGAAUGCAGACCCUUUUUAUGUAGAGCCCUGGAUUGAUUAGUGACCCAUUACUCCACUCUCAGCCAUUGUACUCUUAUCUCCCUCGAAGAGACUGUUAAGAGAAGACUGUAGUUUCUCUCACAGGUCUUCUUGUUUACGUUUUGAGAGACAGAAUUCGUUGGCCGUGCUUGGGAGAUGUGAUGCAGCUUUUUCACUUAUGAUUAUUGAUCCAGCUGUGCUCGCUGGGAUUUCUAAAUACUUGAAUUGUAUAAUCUGUUUACUAAUCUAUGCAUUUCUAUGACUUUUUUCAGAACUUCUUCAGAAUUAUCUUUUGUCUUUAUUUUUUAGAUUCACAGUCUGGCCAAUUAUCCUUUGACAGUGUCUGUGUUCCUCCAGGAAUUAGACAGCAAAUUCUGUUUCUUGCUUACAGGUGGCCACAAGAAGUCAGUGAAAAGGUCAUUGUUUCCUGAAUACGCUAUUUUCUUUUAUCUGUUUUAAACUGGAAGCUUCCAAAGCACAUGGGGUUGAAUACUUAUGCAAGCAACAUAUUUCAGUUUUGUCUUACGUAUAUUAACCUAUAAAACCAAUGUCCCCGUGUAUUGAUUUUGAGUGCUAGUGUUUUAAAAUGAUCAAAUCAAACAAAACAAAAUGUCCCAUUAAAAUCAGAGGAUUCAUCA